UGCAUAAAUUAUGUUCAUGACGUAGUGCAAAAGAGCAAAUUUGUGCAAAUAUCUGCCACUUUUCUGCAGAUUCGGGGUUACUUGGGCUAUUAAGGUGCACUUACUUCACCGGCGCGACAGUUAACGAAAAGACGUCAUUAAAUAUUUAGUAAAAAAGGAGCCGCGCGCUUUCCCGAGCCUCCUUAUCAAUGCAAAUAGCUCUUUUGUGUGUAGCCGUAGCGCGCGCCUGGAAGCUGUGAGGUGAAUUUUUAAUUAUGCAUGUUUAAAAGAAAUUGUGGCAAAGCUCGGCGGAGGAGAAAUAAAGAAAAUAUCCCUCCUCACAGUAGGUGAAACAACAUAGCUGGCAACAUCCACUUAAUCCACUAUGCAGAUUCGGUGAUCUCCUUACAGCUUAGACUUCAUCAUGGACACUGAGGAUCUCCCUGUAAACAAUGCUCCUCUCACUGUCAAUGAACAGCUUUUAGGUUCCUGCACUUUGAAAUUCCCAGAACAAGACGAGCAGGUCAUUGUCAUGUCAGGUCAGGAGACCAUCCGGGUGUUGGAGGUAGAGGUGGAUACAGCCCUGUCCUCCUCAGGGGUAGAUGGGAAGGUGGAGUCAGGGGGUGAAGAAGGGGGAGGACAGACCCUGGAGGCAGCGGAGGAGGCAUUGGAUAGUCCAGUUACCACAAAUGAAACCACAGCAGUGUCUGUGGAGGUGUCAUCACCUGGUGUCCAGACUGUGGUCUCCAAAGCCCCCAUCAGUGUGACACAAGCCCAGCCCCAGACCAGCGUACCCAUCACUGUUCAGGCAUGCCCACAGGUCCUGACUCAGGAUUGUUUGGCUUCUCUGAUGACUGGCAUGCUUGCUCAGCAAGGUUCUCUGGGUCAGCCCAUGCUCAUCCCUCUGAGCAUGGCCGGAUCUGUUGGGGGUCAGGGUGGUCUGGCUGUGCUCACCUUACCUACUGCUACUUUCGCCACCUUACCUAGUCUCGCUGCUGCCAGCCCAGCUGGAGGACUGCUGAAGCUGCCAUUUGCUGGACUGCAAGCUGCUACCAUGUUGAACUCUGUCCAGACACAGCUGCAGUCACCUGCACAGGCGGUUCUGCAGCCCCAAGUUUCUGCACUACAGUCCAUACAGGCAGCUGUGCAGCCAACACAGAUGACACCAACCACCACUGUGUCUGCUCUGCAGAAAGCAUCAGAGCCCAGCGCUUCUGUUGCAACACUUCAGACUGCAGGCCUGUCCAUCAACCCUGCUAUUAUCAGCGCUGCCUCUCUGGGUGCACAACCACAGUUUAUUAGCUCUCUUACCACAACUCCCAUCUUUACCAGUGCCAUGUCUAAUGUGGCAGGACUGACAAGUCAGCUCAUUACCAACUCACAGGGCCAGGUGAUUGGAACACUUCCUCUGCUGGUGAACCCUGCGUCAUUGGCUGGUGCUGCAGCUGCCUCUGCGUUGCCCACUCAAGGCCUGCAGGUGCAGACCGUGUCCCCACAGCUGCUCGUGAACUCCCAGGGUCAGAUCAUUGCUACUAUAGGGAACGGCCCGACUGCUGCUGCCCAGUCCACCACAUCUGUCCUGCCUAAAGUCACUGUGCCCCUGACACUCACCAAGACCACUACACAGGGUUCUGUUGGGAAAGUGGUUCAGUCUAAAGUGAUCAUUGCUCCGCAGCCCACAGCGGGGAAAGCAGUCACAUCCCUCUGCUCUGCUAGUGCCAUCGCCUGUGGAGACAUGCCAACCGUGGGCCAGCUUGUCAGCAAGCCACAGUCAGGUGUGCAUGAAGAAGAGGCCAUUAAUCUGGAGGAGAUCCGUGAGUUUGCCAAGAAUUUCAAGAUUCGACGGCUCUCUCUGGGCCUGACACAAACACAAGUGGGCCAAGCUCUCACUGCUACAGAGGGGCCCGCAUACAGUCAGUCAGCCAUCUGCAGAUUUGAGAAGCUUGACAUCACCCCCAAAAGUGCCCAGAAGCUGAAACCCGUGUUGGAACGCUGGCUGGCAGAGGCUGAACUCUGGAACCAGAAAGGUCAGCAGAACUUGAUGGAGUUUGUCGGCGGAGAACCCUCCAAGAAGCGCAAACGGAGAACCAGCUUCACGCCGCAGGCCAUCGAAGUCCUCAACACUUACUUUGAGAAAAACUCCCUCCCGACCGGACAAGAAAUCACAGAGAUUGCCAAGGAGCUGAAUUAUGACCGAGAGGUUGUUCGCGUCUGGUUUUGUAACCGUCGACAGACUUUGAAAAACACCAGCAAGAUCAAUGUGUUUCAGGCCCAUUAGGAUGACAGAGUGUUUGAUAAUGCAAGAAACUUUUUGAAAGCUGGUGUUUAAUAAAUGGUUGGAAUAUCGCUGCUAGUCACAACAUGAAUGAAAUGAGUGAUUUGCAGUUAAGAUAAAGCCAGCUGCACUUGAAUAAAGUGAGGUCCUAGCAUAGUAUCAGACAUACUCUUUUCUGUAAUACUGCAUGCAGUGACUUUUUUGGCGUGUCACCACAAUUUUUGAUGCAGCUUUUGAACUAUUUAAAAUGUUGAAGAAGCUAUGAGUCCUAAUCGCUGUGUUUAUAGAAAAAAAGCACUUCGUCAAUACACUAAAAUGUUAAAUGUGCAAAAUAUCCCGCCUCAUAUAUUUACUUGUUUUGCAGUAACUAAACUGACAUUAUUAUUCAUGGAUGUCAUCUGAUUUUCUCUGUUGCAACUACAGCUAUAGGUCUGGACUGAAUACAUAAAAAUAUAUGUAGGAUGUAAUUCAAUGAUUUGACCGAACUUCCCAUUUAUAGUGUUCAUGUUGUUUAGCUGUACAUUUGCUGAUACUGGUAUUUAUUUUUUUUAUCUCUGACCAUCAAAAACCAUACAUCAGAGAGUGCAUGUUCUUGUCUAUGCCAACAGUGGUUCCCUUGUCUUUGUGCAUAUCGACAGAAGGUGUAGUUUGGUCAAGUGUAUACUGGACAAUCAUCAGACUCAGAAAGCAUGCCCUGCUUUUAUGUGGCGAAAUCCACUGUAUUCAGUUUUGCCUGUCAUCAACAUUCGUUUAGUCAGAGAUGUGUAUGGUUGCAUGGUUGCAGCGGAGGUAUGUCUGUCUAUUGAUUUAUAUAGAAAAUGUAUACUGUUGAGAUGACAAUGACUGGCCUUUAUUGUUACUGUUAUAGAGUUUUUGCCAUAGGUCUAGGAAAAAAGCAAACUUUUAUGUCAGGAAAUGCUUUUAAAAAGAGAAUGAAAUCUAUAAAUAUAUGGGGCACUUGUCCAUUACGAAGAGUCAUAAAACAUGUUAAAUAUUAUAGGACAUUAUCAGAAAUGCAAUUUGCCAUUAUUGAAUUUGGAUCGUAAACUCCUUUAUAAGAAGUUGUCCUUUGAGACAUUGACAAUACAACAAUAUUUACAGUUCAUAUGAGUAUUGUCCAAAUUUGUAACAUGAAACAGUUCAGCGUGUUGUAACGUGUUUCACAUGUUUAUGUUCUAAGCAUAAACCGAUAUUGUUCUUAUGGACCUUCAGCAUUUAUCUAAUAGAUUCUUAUCUUAAUUGGUACAAUGCUAUAAAUUGACAUUUUAAUGUUGUGAACAAGGAAUGGUAUAAGUAACUAGUGUUUUAACUAAUGCUAUGAGCAUAACGUUUUUUUCAACAUUUUAAUUGAUGAUGAAUUUUAAAACAACGCUUAUCAAUUGCAAUUACAGAUCCAUUAACGAUAUUUAUUUUCUAUCAAUUGUAAUGUUUAGUAUUAACUUGUUAUUUCAAUAAAUUAACACUAAACAGACAUGAUGUUAUAUAUGACUUCUCUGGAAUCUCUAUUA